GUUUUUUGUUUUUUUUUUUUGGUUAAAAGUUUUUUUUUUUGGCCAAAGGUGAUUUUGGCCAAAAAAAUUGAGGUGUUUGGCCAGCUUUUAGAAGGAAAAAAAAAAGUAUUUUUGAGGAGAAGCAGAAGCAUUUUUUGAGAAACAGAAAAAAUGUAGAUUUUCUAGAAAAAUACGAAGCAUUUUUUUAAAGCUUGGUCAAACACUAAUUGCUGCUCAGAAGUGUUUUUCAAAUUAAUUAGUCAAACACAAGCUGAUUCUCACAAAAAGUAUUUUUUUGAAAAGCACUUUUGAAAAAAGCACUUCUCAAAAUAAGUAAAUUUUACAAGCUUGACCAAACAGGCUAUUAUUCUGCGAUUAGGAAAGCUGUCUUUUUUUAUUUAAAAAAAUGGUUAUUUGGUAAUUUUGAGUAUUUAAUACUUAGUUUACUUUAUGUUAUCAGGUGAUAUCAAUUAUUUUGUAUAUUUGAUAGCAAGAAGUGGAUCAGAGCUUUUUCAGUAUUGAAAGAUUGAAAAUGUCUGAGGGGGAGGUUAAAAAGGUCUCACGUCAAGAUAUACAACUGAGACUGCCAGAAUAUGUAAGCAAGGCUAUUAAUUGGAACUUUCUUCCUUAGUUUAAUGUGGAUGCCUAGGCAGGGGCGGAGCUACAAAAUCAGGUACAAAAUCUGAUAGAAAGAUGUCUACAGCUUUACAUGAACCAGGAGGAAGUUGUCAAAACCCUCUUACAUCAAGCAAAGAUUGAGCCUGGUUUCACCGAGCUUGUGUGGCAGAAGCUUGAAGAAGAAAACCCGGAAUUUUUCCGGGCAUAUCAUUUAAGGUUGAUGUUGAAGGAUCAAAUAGAGAGAUUCAAUGUUUUGCUUGAGAGACAGGUUGAUGCAAUGCAGAUGUAUCCAACUGGAUCAGUUCCCAUGUCUAAUGGAUCUCAGAUUCGACAAAUCCCACAGAACUCAACAUGUCAAACAACAGAUCAUACUGGACCUAAUGUGAAGCGUGAGAAUGUGCACCAGACUGUUAAUGCCAAUUUAUCUCAUGUAUAUACUAACGGUGCGUCCUCGCUCCAACCAUGUAUGCAAACUGCUGCUGAUGUGUCUGCUCAUGCAAGAAGAAUUGAUGCAUCCUCAAACAUGCUAUUGGCUCAGAGCUCAAAUUCGGGAAUGCUGCAAGGGGUGAGAGGGGAGAUGAUCAAGUCAGAAGCUGGUUAUUCAGGCAAUUUACCAUUCCUGUAUGGUACCGAGACAAAUAUCCUCGAAGCUCAUCCUGGAAUUACGGAUCCAUCUGUUUCAUCUUUCAGCAGUGUAGAAUCAAAUUCACAACCAGUAAAUGAGACUGUAUUGGAUGCUGAUACAUCUUCAUUUGGUUUCUUGGGGCAGAUUCCUCGAAACUUUAGUUUGUCAGACUUAACAGCUGACUUUUCUAACAGUUCUGAUAUUUUGGAGAGCUAUUCUGGAUCAGCCUACCUGGCAACGGAUGUUAACAAUUUCCUGGAUCCACAAGGUCGGAGAGAAUAUCAUGCAGACAUUAAAAGGUUGGAUGCUAUAUCUGAAGGCUUGAGCUUCGAAGAUUUUGCCAGUGAUUGAAUGAACAUUCAGAUGGUGCAAUUGCUUAGAAAAGUUUUGUAAAUAGGAUUGUGAAAAGAGAAAAUGAUUUGACCCCUUUGAAUGCAUUAGUUGGUCACUUUCAAGAUAAUUAUUUAAUCAUUAUGGUUGACAUGCCUGUUGUUCUGGGAUAAGCAGGAAAUAAGUUAAGCAAAAAGCUCUUGGAAGUUGGUUCUCCUGCUUAAUCCUAAAAAUAAAACGUUGUUGCAAGUUUUGUUUAUAUGGUCGUGAUUAAUAAGAUCUGAUGUUUGUAUUUA